UUUAUUACCAGAUUGUGGUAAAUCUGGUAAUGAAAACUGCCAGUUGGCAACCCUGCUGUGGGAUGCUGCUACCUGUAUCUUGUGCUCUGAUUGGCUCCUGUCUGGCCGCCAUCUUGAUAUUUUCCCGGGCUCUUCGGUGAUUCAUUACGGCACCUUGCCCUUGUCUCCAGGUCAAGGACUAUGCAGAGACGAUAGUGCCUCUUUACUCCGGGGAAGACUUCAAGAAACACUUUCGUAUGCAAAGGGAAACUGUUGAAGAAGUCUGCCGUCUGCUUGCCCCACACCUGCCUGCCAAGAUCAUUCCUGUAUCCAAAAGGUGUUGGUUACGCUGUGGCUGCUGGGGAACAUUGAGUCAUUCCGCGGGGUUGCUGAUCGGUUUGACCUUGGCAAAUCGUCUCUUCACCGUGUUCUUUUCCAAGUCUGCAAUGCACUGAAAGCCAUAAGAGGUACUCUCAUUGCAUGGCCAACACGAGAUCAGCUUCCACAACUGGCUGAUGACUUUUUUAGAAGAACAAAUAUGCCUGGAGUAAUAGGAGCCAUUGAUGGGACUCACAUCCCUAUCCCAGGGCCGUCACAUGAAAGACAGGCAUACAUAAAUAGGAAAGGUUUUCCUAGCAUUCAGUUGCAAGCUGUUUGUGAUGCCAAACUUAGGUUCAUUAACAUUCUGACAGGUUGGCCUGGUUCUGUACAUGAUGCCAGAGUGUUUAGAAAUAGCCCACUUUACACUCUGUUGGAAAAUGGUAAUCUUCCUGAAGAUUAUCAUCUAUUAGGAGAUUCAGCCUAUACUCUGCAGCCUUACAUGCUAGUUCCAUAUAGAGACAAUGGACACUUGCUUCCGUGGCAGGUUAAUUUUAAUCAUAUCCACUCCACUUCAAGGGUUGUCAUCGAGAGGGCAUUUGGGCUUCUGAAAUCAAAAUUUAGGCGGCUACAGAAGUUAGAGAUGAUUGAUGUAGAAAGAAUCCCUUUAGUAAUAUCUGGUGCCUGUGUGAUGCAUAAUAUAAUUUUAAUGAAGGAAAACUUAAACCUAGAUUUAGAGAUUCAGCAGGACUUAGAAGUAAUUGGACAUGAUGGUGGAGUUGAUAAUGUUGCAGCACGAGAAGCACGUGCUGCGGCAGUUCAGAAAAGGGAUGAGAUAGCCACUGGCUUGGCCAUGCACAUGUAAAUAGAUAAUUUGUAAUCAUGUUAAGUCAAAGUACAAGUUUAAAUUACUUACCCUUAUUGUAAAAUAUUUUCAUUUAACCCGUUCUGCACGGACAAAGAAGAGCGGAUUUUCAGUUUGAUAGUUUAAGGAAUAGGGCAAGCUUGAAAUACCUUUGACAAAUAGCUUAAAAUACAUUCUUUUCAUAGACCAGUAAGCUUAAUAUAUCCUUUCAUUUGUCCCAGCAAGCUUAAAAUACUCAUGUUCUGCCUCAAGUCAUGCCGUGCUGAGAGGGUUUAAGUUAAUAUUUAGUAAAAUAUUUAAAUUUCUGUUAAAAUCAUGUAUGAAACAGUAGUUGGGUUUGAAUAAAUGCCCCACAAACUACCUCCACCGUGGCAGAAUGCGGCGCCUCAACCCGCAUGACCACUAAGGAUACUUUUCACUCAGAAAUAAUUAGAGUACAGUGGGAUUAUAGUAAGACAGAUGUAUGAAAGUAUAAAUAUAUAUUAAUACAAGUACAAAACAAUGAUAACUUAUACAAAAAAGUUUCUUUAUAAAAAUACAAAACAUAAAAAAA